UCUCACGCGACACCUCUUCCUUCCCAACCACCUCGUCUGUUGGACUUUAUCAAUCACAUUCUCCUAGUCGGCCUGUUGGCCUCUUUAGUGGCACCAUGUGGAAGCCGUCGGAGCGCCUGAUGGAGACCAUCAGGCACUAUGCCAGCUUCCCCGCAACCGGGGUCUCGCUAAGACAAAUGGUCCAGUUUGGAGACCGACCUUCCACCGGCACUCUCUUCCGCGCAUCUCAAUUCCUCUCCGAGGAGCUCCCCAUCCGCUUGGCGCAUCGGGUCCAGGACCUGGGCGAAUUGCCCGAUGGACUCAGUGAUAUGCCUUCUAUCAAAAAGGUCCAGGAUUGGUAUGCGCAGUCGUUCGAGGAAAUCAUCACCCUCUCCCGACCAUCCCUGACCCAGGAAGUCAAGUCCCGUCUGUUGCGACCGGGCCGUAUGAACGGCGGCGGUUCCAAGAUUCUCUCCGAGGUCACUCAUAACCCCAGCGUGCGUGAGGGUCAAUACCGAUCAUCGCCCAAUUCAAUUAACGGAAACGGGAACGGCAAGGCGGCUGCCGCGGCCGGCCGGAGAUAUUUCGUCCCUGCGGAUGACCACGCAGAUUGGCCCCCCGAGCUCAACGACUACAACCAGCGAUUCGCCAAGACCUUGCAACAGAUUAAGCGACGACACGACAGUGUCGUGACGACCGUGGCACAGGGCAUUCUGGAAUGGAAGCGGGUCCGACAGCGGAUGCAGAUCGACUCGACCAUUCAAUCCUUCCUCGACCGGUUCUAUAUGUCACGUAUUGGUAUACGAAUGUUGAUUGGACAGCAUAUCGCACUCACGGAACAAACGCACGUCAAACAUCCCAAUUAUGUGGGGAUAAUCUGCACCAAGACCAACGUUCGCGACAUCGCCCUGGAAGCCAUUGAAAACGCCCGGUUCGUCUGUGAGGACUACUACGGUCUGUUCGAGGCCCCCAAGGUGCAGCUGGUCUGCAAAGAGGACCUGAACUUCAUGUACGUGCCCGGCCACCUAUCGCACAUGCUCUUCGAGACUCUCAAGAACUCCCUGCGUGCGGUGGUUGAGCAACACGGUGCCGACCGGGAUCAAUUCCCCGUUACCAAGGUCAUCGUUGCCGAGGGUAAAGAGGACAUUACGAUCAAGGUCUCGGACGAGGGUGGCGGUAUCCCACGAUCGGCAAUUCCCCUCGUGUGGACCUACAUGUAUACGACGGUGGAGCAAACCCCCAACCUCGACCCGGACUUUGACAAGAGCGACUUCAAGGCACCCAUGGCCGGUUUCGGCUACGGUCUGCCAAUCAGUCGGCUCUACGCCCGCUAUUUCGGCGGAGACCUGAAGCUGAUCAGUAUGGAGGGGUACGGAACCGAUGUCUACCUCCAUCUCAAUCGUCUAUCUUCAAGCUCCGAGCCCCUGCAAUGA